ACCAGCAUCCCAUCCACCACGACGCGCAUCGCAUCGCACCGCACAUCCGCAUUCUGGUUAUUGUGUGGGAUCUCAUACAUCGCACCAUAUUGAUCUUCAUCUGCACUCGGCACCUUGAUUGAAACAUUUCAAGAUGGUCAAGUCGCUCAAGUAUCAGAGAAAGUCGGAUUUGGUGGAUAUGGGCACCCUUUUGGGUCUCUCCAACCCUUCCGACCUCAAGAGGGACGAUUUGGAAGAUGAGGUCAGGAACGCCUUGCUCUCCAGAAGAGCAGAAUUGCAGAACGAUGAGCACUGGAAACCCAUUUACGGUGCCAUCGAUUCUGGAGAGCGCAGAGCAGCUAGGAGCAGUCUAGGCGCCACCAGUCCCGACUCUGAUGCUUCGGACGACUCUCCUGCUCGCGCCAAGUCUCCCCGCAAGCACUCUGGAGGCCGGGCCAACGGUACCGCUACUCCGCGCAAGACCUCGAGCUCGCUUGCCCAAGAUGCGAGCUCCACCUUCAACAGUUUGACAGCUCGUACCAAGCGCAGCUUCGAAAGUCUCAAGGAUGCAUUCCGAACCGGAGCUAACGAGGCUCGCACUGAAGUCAUUGAAGCUCGCGAGCACGUGGACCACGCCGCACACGGCGUCGCUCACCGCGUCAAGCUUCAACAACGCGCCUUGAUCCGUGGCGCUGGAAACUUGUGGCACAAGGCCGGCGUCUACGCUUCCGAUGCCAACAACCUGACUACGAUAUUCCUUGCUCUCGAGGCCAUUACUCUGAUCCUGUCUAUCCUCCCUACCACCUACUUCGAAUUUGGCAGCCGCGCGAGCGUGAGCAACCUUGUCAAGAGCGGCGGCAAGACCGCUCACAGCACUGUCCCUCACUACGCCAUCACGAUUCCCAAUGCGUGGGCUCUGCUCACCGUCGGAUUUUGGAGGCCCAUCGUUCUGUGGACUCUUUACACUGUCGCCGUCCCUUACAUUCUCGCUCAUCUGAUCACCUUUAGCCGUCGUCGCGACUUCUCGGCGCAAACUUUCACCUUGUCUCGUCUAUUCCUGAUCCUCUUCCUCGUCCGUAUCACUCCUGGACUAUUGCCCAAGCCCGCUCCUGCCGUGCUUGGCGUCGCGGCGGGCCAGACCGCAGCUGCUGCCAACGCUGCAGCCGGAGGCAAGCUGCUGAGUGCCCAGGGCCUCAUUCAACAGUACACCAGCUACGAUUGGGUGUCAGCCGCAAUCUCCCCUGAGCUUCAAGUCCUGGCUGCUAGCGCUGCCGCUGCAUUCGCAAACCUCGAGGCGCUCCACACUCGCCCCCGCGCGGGCUGAGCUCCUGAAGAGCAAGCAUUGGCACAACAAUGGCGCAAGAAAGCGCUUACGCCGUUCGCUGGAAAUGUUGGCUUGCCAUCUCGAAGACCUUUUGCUUUACCUCACAUACCCUUUUCUUUCGGAGCUCGCCCUUUUUGUUCUGCCUGAGUGCUGUGACAGCGAAUCAGCAACAUACUGCCAUUCGCUUCCAAACUCUGCGAUGUGCUACCUUCUCCCUCCCUUCUCGCAACUAUUAUCGCCGCGACGGCGAUCAUGCGUACCCGUCUCGGCUUGGUUCAGGCUUCCAAUAUGUCAGUCUAUG